ACCUAGAUAUUUUUGAAGGUUAUAAUUACCAGUCGUAACAUUUUUUAACAAUUAGCUAAUAUGUUUUUAUAAUAUAUUUUUUUGUAAUUUUUCCUAAAACGCUAUAAAGAUGAAAUCCGUAUUUAUGGUGGCUGAGAAGCCCUCGUUAGCUGCUUCUUUAUCAACCAUAUUAAGUAAUGGAAAAAAUUCUUCAAAGAAAGGAUUUAAUGGUGCUUGCUCGGUCCACGAAUGGAAUGGGACAUUCCUAGGUUCUCCAGCUAGGCUCAAAAUGACUUCAGUAUGUGGUCAUGUUCUUGGUGUGGAUUUUUCCAGUAAAUAUAAUAACUGGGAUCGAGUAGACCCUGUAGAAUUGUUUUCGUGCUCUAUUGAAAAAAAGGAAGCAAUGCCGAAGCUAAAAAUGCCUGCUUUUCUUGCCUCAGAAGCCAUCGGUUUUGAUUAUCUUGUUCUGUGGCUCGAUUGCGAUAAAGAAGGUGAAAAUAUAUGUUACGAAGUAAUGUCAUCAGUAGCCAAUAGCAUGAAUAGAAAUGUUUAUUCUGAUAGUGUCACUUAUAGAGCCAAGUUCUCUGCAAUUACCGACAAGGAUAUUAAGGCUGCUUUUAAUAAUCUUUCACAUCCAAAUGAAAAUGAAGCGAGAAGCGUCGAUGCUCGUCAAGAGCUUGAUCUGAGAAUUGGUUGCGCUUUUACCAGGUUCCAAACAAAAUUUUUCCAAGGAAAAUAUGGAGACUUGGAUGCAUCCUUGAUCUCCUAUGGGCCAUGCCAAACUCCCACGCUCGGGUUUUGCGUUCAGAGGCAUGAUGAAAUCCAGUCGUUUAAAGCAGAAACUUAUUGGGCAGUGCAAGUUUCUGCAAUGAAAGACAACGUAGAAGUGCCAUUAGAAUGGGAUAGAGUGCGGUGUUUUGAUAAAGAUGCUGCUAACAUGUUUCUUAGCUUAGUCAAGCAGGAACGAGAAGGCAGAGUUGUAAGUGUAGUUUCUAAAGAGAAGUCGAAACCUCGCCCAGUAGCUUUAAACACCGUCGAAUUGAUGCGAGUGGCCAGUUCGGGACUUGGGAUGGGCCCGCAUCAUGCUAUGCUAAUUGCAGAGAGAUUAUAUACACAAGGAUAUAUCAGCUAUCCUCGUACAGAAACUACUAAAUACCCAGAAAAUUUUGAUUUACAGGGCACUCUGAAACAACAGGAGAAUAGUUCAGAUUGGGGCAAGGAAGUUAAAGCCAUUCUAAGCCAAGGAAUAAAUAGACCUAAGUCAGGACAUGACGCAGGUGACCAUCCUCCCAUUACCCCAAUGAGGUCUGCGACAAGAAACGAUCUGGAUGGCGACUCUUGGAAAUUGUACGAUUACAUCGCUCGACAUUUUAUCGGAACUUUAGCCAGAGACUGUAGAUAUUUGAGUACAGUGGUAACAAUAGUUAUCAAUAAUGAAGUAUUUUACAUACAUGGCAAGACCCUCAUUGAUCCCGGGUAUACUGAAGUCAUGACUUGGCAAUCAUUCGGUAAAAAUGAAAUAGUACCAAAUGUUACGGCGAACGAAAUGGUACCAAUCCAUAAUGCUCGUUUAACUGAACAUCAAACAUGUCCGCCUGAUUAUUUAACGGAGUCAGAACUGAUCACACUGAUGGAAAAGCAUGGUAUUGGUACCGAUGCUUCCAUACCUGUACACAUAAACAAUAUUUCUCAAAGAAAUUAUGUUACUGUAACUCCAGGUCGAAAACUUAAACCAACUACUUUGGGUAUAGUAUUGGUGCAUGGGUAUCAAAAGAUUGACGCUCAGUUAGUAUUGCCCACAAUGCGAUCUGCAGUGGAAGAACAGCUGAACCUUAUAGCUUUAGGAAAAGCUAACUUUAACGCAGUGCUUAAGCAUACCAUUGAUAUUUUCAAACUUAAGUUUCAGUAUUUUGUUUCAAGCAUUGAUGCAAUGGACCAAUUGUUUGAGGUGUCUUUUUCACCGCUUAGUGCUUCUGGUAAAGCACAUUCCAGGUGUGGUAAAUGUAGAAGAUAUCUGAAAUUUAUUCAAGCGAAACCAGCUCGAUUGCACUGUCCACAAUGCGACGAUACUUAUAGUGUACCGCAAAAUGGCACUAUCAAAUUAUUUAGAGAGUUAAAAUGUCCUUUGGAUGAGUUUGAGUUGCUGUGUUGGACCACGGGAAAUAAAGGCAAAAGUUUUGUGUUUUGUCCCUAUUGUUAUAACAAUCCCCCUUUCAAAGACAUGAAAAAAGGAACCGGAUGUAACACUUGUACUCACCCUACUUGUACCUACAGUCUUAAUUCGAACGGUGUUAUCAAUUGUGCCGAAUGUGAAUAUGGUGUUUUGGUUCUUGAUCCCUCAUCAGGUCCCAAAUGGAAAUUGGGCUGCAAUAGAUGUGAUACCAUAAUCAAUCUUUUUGAUGAUGCUCAUAAAAUUAUCAUUCUCGAAGAAAACUGCGAUUGUGGAGCGCAGUUGAUAAAUGUUGAAUACAGAGCUGAGAAAUCGAAACUUCCAAAUCAAGCCACGGAGAUGAAGGGUUGUGUUUUCUGCACCCCUGAAUUUGCCAAAUUAGUCGAUAAGCCCAAGGUUGCUGUGGUUAGCCGGCCUCCAAGACCUUUUAGAGGUGGAAAAGCACCUGGAGCCAGGGGCGGUCGAGGUUCAGCGGGUAGAGGAAGGGGCAAACCAAAAGACAAAAUGGCCCAACUGGCAGCAUAUUUUGUAUAAAAAAGGUACUAGCUUAGUCAAUUUUUGAGAAUUCUCGCAAUGCAUUCUCAAGCGAACCCAGCAAUCGAAUUGUACUCAUUAUUGAAGGUAAGAGUAAUCUAUACCUAUACAUAGUAUGAGCUCUUAAUUUGGGUUUUACAGCAAUUAAAGACUAGGAAUAUUACAACUCAGGUUUUGAAAACAAUGAUUCAUAAUUUCGAGCUGUCCUAAUAGUAAAUACUCAGAAUAUUUUUGAGAAAUAGUUUAUCGUUAAUUAAUAAAAUUAUUAUAACAAGCAUUUAAACUUAUUUGUAUGCUGCAUGGAUUGAAAUAUUAAUUGGUAUGUGAGUCAUUUUAGAGUGUCUUAGUUAUUGGUUUAUAUACAAAAUGAGCUAACUUUUUACUUAAAAAAAAACCUUAACAAGCUAACUUACAUUGAAAAAUUAUGAUAGUUUAACCGUAUAAGCUACUUUUGAAAAUAUACAGUCAAGCAAUUUUGGUCA